AUGGAGAGCGCGGAUGUGAGCGCGAACGAGGAGAAACUGGAGCCGGGGGUCCGCAUCGAACUCGAGAACCUCAAUACCUGCACCGACGAGAUCAAUCGACUCGAAGUGGCAUUAGACGAUGCCAAUGCUACCUUCCGUCACAUCCUAUCCGAGUCGACGCAGCAUCUCCGCUAUUUGGCCACCAAGCUGGGCUCCUGUAUCGAGAGGGCACGCCCGUAUUAUAAGGCAAAGGAUGCAUCCAGGAAGGCCCAGAUGGAGUGUCAGAAGGCGGCCGUUCAGUUCCAUCAUGCCAACGAGAUCUAUCAGGCUGCAGAGGAGACCAUCUCUAUGGCCGAGGAGCGUUUCCUUUCCCGUAAAGGGAACUGGGAAAUAAAUUCUGCAUGGCAGGAUAUGUUGAAUCGCGCCACAAGGAAGAAAUUGGAGGCCGAGAAAAGGCGAGUCUCAUCUGAGCAAAAGCAUCACGAAACGGCCUUGCUCUUCACGCAGGCGGAGCGAAAGACACAGCAGCUGGAACGGCGUCUCCAGCGCCACAUCGUCAAGUCCAAGGCCUAUUUCGAAUACAAGGAAUCUCUGGAGCAGCAGCUACAACAGCAGAAGCAGAAGAUCCAGCAUCUGCAGUUGGAAGUGGCCGUCGCCAAGCAAAAAUAUGCGGACUCUCUGCAAAAUCUGGAAUGCAUUUCGGCUCGCAUCCACGCCCGUCGCGAGUUCGUCCUCGAAGAAUGCGCAACCCCAAAACCCGUGAAGUUUGACUCCGGCGACCGACCGACGAAUCAGUAUCUGGAAGCAACGGAGGGACAGCGUCUGCUGCCCUCGCCUGCAAUCAGCAGAACCGUGUCGAGCGACGUCGAGGAGGAAGACGAAAGCUUCGAUGGCGGCCGUGCGGACGAAGAGAAGACCGAUUGGUCGCUCCUUCAGGCCAGCAUUCAGAACCUGACUCUCCAGAUGGCCAGCGAACGAGGGUUGACACAGGAGGAAAUUGAUUCCCGCAUCCAAAAAUGCAUCCAGCGUCAUGGUGAAGACGGGAACGACGAUCCGACCGCGGCCGACUCGGCAACCGAUUCCACUGCUGCGGACGAAAUUCAAGUCUCACUGCCGGGAGAUGACAACGCCGAGACCAAGGAUACCGUCGGAAAUUCGAAGCUCAUGUGA